AUGUCUCUAGAAAAGAUGGAACAUGAUUUCUCUACCACCGUAGAUGAGCAGCUUCCAAUAUUUCAGAGCCUCGCUACGGCUGGCAAAAUUGAUGAAGCUCUGGAUAAGUGUUAUUCAUUGGAGAAACAAACGCGACUGGCGUCUGAUGCCAUUUCUACUGGACGUCUCCUUGUUUGCAUUGUUGAUAUUCUAGGAGAAUUGAAGCAGUGGCAAAAACUGAAUGAACACCUGAUCAUCAUGUCAAAGAAAAGAAACCAGUUGAAGCAGGCCGUUGCUAAGAUGGUUCAGGCUGCCAUGAAAUUCGUGAAUGAGAUAACGGAC